AGGUACUUCUUCCUGACUUCCUCCUCCCUUUCUUCUCUCGCCGCCGAGAGACACGAAAAAGAUGGUGGGUGUAUAGCUACAUAUUCACGCCACACCGCAUCGUCAUCUACACAUCUCCACCUCCCGCGGCAUCACCACUCACUCCACCGCCGCGCGCUUGUUCGCAGCUCUUCCUCCUCCUCGCAUUGCAGGCGGCUGCCGACUGAAUCAAGGAUUGGGUAUUAAUUUUGAUGGUGCUAGCUGGCGUUCUUGAUGAUUGCAGGAAGAUGAAGCGGACCAUCAUCGUCAAAGUGGACUUGGAAUGCGAGCGCUGCUAUGCCAAGAUCGACAGGGUGCUCACCAGGAUCAGAGACAAGGGUGAGUUCGUCAUCGACGACAUCGAGUUCGACGUGAAGCACAACAAGGUGAUCGUGUCGGGGCCCUUCGACCCGGACAAGCUCGCAGACAAGCUCUGCUGCAAGGCGUGCAAGAUCAUCAAGGAGAUCGAGAUCGUCGACCUCCCGCCGCCGCCUCCGCCGCCGGCGCCGGAGCCGGAGCCGGAGCCACCCAAGAAAGAAGAGCCCCAGCCACCGCCUCCUAAGGAGGAGGAGAAGCCCGAGCCGCCGCCGGCGGUGAUUAUCGUGGAGCCACCGGCGCCGGCGCCCGAGCCGGAGCCCGAGCCGCCGAAGAAAGAGCCGCCGCCGCCGCCGCCUCCCAAGCAGGAGCCAUGCCCGCCGCCGCCCAAGGUCGUCGAGGUCCCUUACCCCUGGCCCUACCCCUACCCGUUCCCGUCGUGGCCGUCCGACUGCUGCUGCCACCAUGGCCACGGCGGCUGCCACUGCUGCUCCUGCGGGAAGGCGCCGGAGCCGGCGCCGGCGCCGGCGCCUCCGCCGCCGCAGUACAUCCCCUGCUACCCGCCGCAGCAGCCCUACCCUUGCGGCGGCUACAGGAUCGUCUGCGAGGAGGACCCCUCCUACGCCUGCGCCAUCAUGUGACCUAAUGAUCAUCGUUAUCUUCUCCUUAAUUACCUUCUCCGAUCUCUCCUCCUGUAUAAUUAAGCACGCACCGUACAGACACGCACAUAUAUACUACACAUCCUACACGUACUCCUCUUUAUCUACUCUUAUACACUCCCUCUGUAACUGUUGAUUUCCUUACGUCCCAUUUAGAGGUGAAAAAUAAGUAAGUAUAUAUCGUCAUUAAUAAACAGUCCCAAGUAAAUUCAUGUACAAGCAUUUGAAUGCAUUUUAGAGAGAAAAAAAAAAGGAGGAAGAGAGAGCUGUUCAGUCUGGGCC